AUGUCGUCUUCAUCAUCCAACGUCGUCGGCGUGCAUUACCGCGUCGGCAAAAAGAUUGGCGAGGGUUCCUUCGGUGUCAUCUUCGAGGGCACCAACCUGUUGAACAACACUCAGGUUGCCAUCAAAUUCGAACCGCGUAAGAGCGAUGCUCCCCAGCUGCGUGAUGAGUACCGUACAUACAAGAUCCUUGUAGGAUGCCCUGGUAUCCCCAAUGUUUACUACUUCGGUCAAGAGGGUCUGCACAACAUCCUCGUCAUUGACCUACUGGGCCCUUCCCUCGAAGACCUGUUCGACCACUGCAACCGUCGCUUCUCUACCAAGACUGUCGUCAUGGUCGCCAAGCAGAUGCUGUCGCGCGUCCAGACCAUCCACGAGAAGAACCUGAUAUACCGCGACAUCAAGCCCGACAACUUCCUCAUCGGCCGCCCUGGCACCAAAGCCGCCAACGUUAUCCACGUCGUCGACUUCGGCAUGGCCAAGCAAUACCGUGACCCAAAGACGAAGCAGCACAUUCCCUACCGCGAGCGCAAGUCCCUCAGCGGAACAGCCCGUUACAUGUCCAUCAACACCCACCUGGGCCGUGAGCAGAGUCGCAGAGAUGAUCUCGAGGCUUUGGGCCACGUCUUCAUGUACUUCCUCCGUGGUGGUCUGCCUUGGCAGGGCCUGAAGGCUGCUACCAACAAGCAAAAGUACGAGAAGAUUGGAGAGAAGAAGCAGACAACUGCCAUUAAGGAUCUGUGCGAGGGCUUCCCUGAGGAAUUCAACAAGUACCUUUCGUACGUUCGCAACCUUGGCUUCGAGGACACACCCGACUACGACUACCUGCGCGACCUCUUCACCCAGGCACUGAAGAACAGUGGCGAGGUUGAGGACGGCGAGUACGAUUGGAUGAAGUUGAACAACGGCAAGGGCUGGGAGGCCAUGAAGCAACACCCCAGCCAGGCUCACCUGCAUGCCCACCACAACAAUGUCGCCAACACUUCUGCCCGCGACGUCCACGCCAACCGUGCCAGUAAGACUCCCAUCCCUCCGGGUCGCCUCGAGCAGGAGCUUCCCAAGCCCGGCGCUGUCCGAUCACCCGCCCAAGCACAACGCCAGUCGGGCACCAACCGCCACUACAGCCAAGACUACGCUCAGAAGAGGACAAGCCAAGGCGGUGACCUUGCCCCGCCGGAAGGCUCUACUGCCGCUCAAUUUGCCAACAGCUCUGGCAACCUCCCUGGCCGCCUGCAAAACACCCAGCCAAGCAGGCAAAGCACCACUCAGCCCUCGGCCCAAGCACAGCGCGUCCAACAGCCUCAACAACAGCCUGAACAGAAGCCUUCAGGCAUGCAAAAGUUCUUCAAGGUCCUGUGCUGUGGCUAG